AUAUAAAUAUAUAUACAAAACAAAAGAAAGAUAUGAGUGCCUACUCAUGGCUAAUGACAACUGUUUUGAUUUUGUUAGUCACUAAUGGCGUAACUGCCUGUCCGGCAUCUGAUCGGGCAGCUCUACUAGCCUUCAAAGCUGCCUUACACGAGCCUUAUUUAGGAAUCUUCGAUACAUGGAAAGGCAGUGACUGCUGUCACAAAUGGUACGGAAUAAGCUGCGACCCGACUACAAAACGGGUCGCAGAUAUAAACCUCCGUGGAGAAUCCGAAGAUCCGAUUUUCCAAAAAGCGAAACGAGUCGGAUACAUGAACGGCACUAUCUCUCCAGCUAUUUGCCAGCUGAGAAGGCUGUCAACUAUAAUUAUAGCCGACUGGAAAGAUAUUUCCGGUGUAAUUCCUAAAUGUAUCACAUCUUUACCUUAUCUUCGUAUUCUCGAUCUCAUCGGAAAUAAAAUCUCCGGUGAAAUUCCUUACGAUAUCGGUAAAUUAAGUCGGUUAUCGGUACUCAACAUAGCUGAUAACCGACUAACCGGCAGAAUGCCGAGAUCUAUAACGAAUCUUACUUCGUUAAUGCAUUUAGAUCUGCGUAACAAUUUAAUAUCCGGAACGAUUCCGAUAAACUUCGGUAAGCUUAGAAUGCUAAGCAGAGCAUUACUAAGCGGAAACCGAAUUUACGGAAACAUUCCAUACACAAUUUCUUAUAUCUAUAGGUUAUCAGAUCUAGAUUUGUCAUUGAACCGGUUUUCCGGUUCGAUACCAGAAUCGUUAGGGAAAAUGGCGGUUCUAGCUACAUUGAAUCUAGACGGAAAUAACAUAUCUGGUACAUUACCGCCUUCGUUGAUGAAUUCGAGUAUAAGUAUAUUGAAUUUAAGUAGGAAUGGAAUUGAAGGAAACAUACCUGAUGUGUUUGGGCCGAGAUCUUAUUUCACGGUAAUGGAUUUGAGUUACAACAAAUUGAAAGGAGCGAUCCCGAAAUCGAUUGAAGCGGCUUCGUAUAUCGGGCAUUUGGAUUUAAGUCAUAAUCAUUUGUGUGGUGCAAUUCCGUCUGGUUCGUGGUUUCAGCACCUGGAAGCUUCGUCGUUUGUUAAUAAUGAUUGUUUGUGCGGGAAGCCUUUGAAGACUUGUUAAAAAUGUGUCAUUCGCCGGAAGUUAAAACGUUAAUGUUGACGGAAGUUUUUACGCAGUGCGUUGAUGUGACGUCGUUUUAUCCGUGCGAUAAAAGGAGGGAGAUUUGAACUUAUGAUAUAAUAUAAUAAUAAUAAUUAUCAUGUAAUAUAAGGUCAUGGUAUUAUUGCGUACUCUCUUUAAUGUACUUAUGUUAAUAUUAGUAGAAUUACAAUAUAUCUUAAAUUA